AUGCCUUGGAUGCGGCAACAUGAUGUUACCAUUCGACCAAAGGAAAAUCUACUCAUUUUUAACUCUCGGAACUGCUGUCAACACUGUUCACUCAGUGGAAAGGCGAUUACUGUCCAUGGCAUAUCGAUCCCCUUACCAGAAUUUCAUACAGUUGUCAGCUCAGUAGCUGAUAAGUCCACCACCGACGUCAAGCAACUCGUACCAAAGGAAUUCCACCAUCGUCUUCACAUGUUUAAAGAAUACGAUGCCUCAGUCCUUCUGUGA